CUUUGCACGAGUUUCGCCUUAAGAGUGAGAGAGAAAAAGAAGAAGAAGCCAAAGUUCUCAAAUUGACAUAAACUAUAGAAUUUUCUAUAUAAAGUCAUCCUCUAAACUUCUUUGGAUCUCAUACUCUCACUUACUCUCUCUCUCUCUCUCUAUUGUUGGUUUCGAUUUUCGUCUUCAACUUUUUUUUUUUUUUUUUUCCUUCUCGCGGAGAUUCAGAGAGAGGCUUUGGGUAGGGAAUAGCAAUGGCGAAUAGAAAUCUGGAGAAGUUAGCGUCAAUUGACGCUCAGCUUCGACUUUUAGUUCCUGCGAAAGUAAGUGAGGAUGACAAACUGGUUGAGUAUGAUGCUUUGCUUUUGGAUCGGUUUCUUGAUAUUCUUCAGGAUUUACACGGGGAAGAUCUCAAAGAAACGGUCCAAGAGUGCUAUGAGCUUUCUGCUGAGUAUGAAGGAAAGCAUGAUCCCCAAAAACUUGAGGAGCUGGGAAAUGUGUUAACAAGUUUGGAUCCAGGGGACUCUAUUGUUGUUGCAAAAUCUUUCUCCCACAUGCUUAAUUUGGCCAACUUGGCUGAGGAGGUUCAGAUUGCUUAUCGUAGACGGAACAAGCUUAAGAAGGGGGAUUUUGCUGAUGAGAAUUCUGCGACAACCGAAUCAGACAUUGAAGAGACUCUCAAGAGGCUUGUGGGGCAACUGAAGAAAUCUCCUCAAGAGAUUUUCGAUGCCUUGAAGAAUCAGACUGUGGAUCUGGUCUUAACUGCUCAUCCUACUCAGUCGGUUCGUAGAUCUUUGCUUCAGAAGCAUGGCAGGAUUCGGAACUGUUUAGCCCAGUUAUAUGCCAAAGACAUAACGCCUGAUGACAAGCAGGAGCUUGAUGAGGCACUUCAGAGAGAGAUUCAAGCUGCAUUCCGUACGGAUGAGAUCAGAAGGACAACUCCAACUCCUCAAGAUGAGAUGAGGGCAGGAAUGAGCUACUUCCAUGAGACUAUCUGGAAGGGUGUCCCAAAAUUCCUUCGCCGUGUUGAUACAGCUUUGAAGAACAUUGGAAUUGAUGAGCGUGUCCCUUAUAAUGCCCCACUUAUUCAGUUUUCUUCUUGGAUGGGUGGUGAUCGUGAUGGUAAUCCUAGGGUAACUCCUGAGGUUACAAGGGAUGUCUGCUUGCUGGCUAGAAUGAUGGCAGCUAAUUUGUACUAUUCCCAGAUAGAGGAUCUUAUGUUUGAGUUGUCUAUGUGGCGCUGCAAUGAUGAACUUCGUGUUCGGGCAGAUGUACUCCACAGGUUCUCAAAGAAAGAUGCAAAACACUAUAUAGAGUUUUGGAAACAAAUUCCUCCAAGUGAACCCUACCGUGUGAUUCUUGGUGAUGUAAGGGAUAAGCUUUAUCAAACACGUGAACGUUCUCGUCAUUUGUUAGCCAAUGGGUACUCUGACAUUCCAGAGGACGCAACAUUUACAAAUGUUGAGCAGUUCUUGGAACCUCUUGAGCUAUGCUACAGAUCACUCUGCUCUUGUGGUGAUCGGGCUAUUGCUGAUGGAUCCCUUCUUGACUUUUUGAGGCAAGUGUCCACUUUUGGACUUUCACUUGUGAGACUUGAUAUUAGGCAGGAGUCUGAUCGUCAUACUGAUGUCUUGGAUGCCAUCACCAAACAUUUGGAAAUUGGUUCCUAUCGGGAAUGGUCUGAAGAACGCCGACAGGAAUGGCUUUUGGCUGAACUCAGUGGCAAGCGCCCUCUAUUUGGCCCUGAUCUUCCAAAAACUGAAGAGAUUGCUGAUGUGUUGGACACAUUCCAUGUCAUAGCAGAACUUCCAUCGGACAACUUUGGAGCAUACAUCAUCUCGAUGGCAACUGCUCCAUCUGAUGUGCUUGCGGUUGAGCUCCUGCAACGUGAAUGCCAUGUGAAGAAACCGCUGAGAGUUGUUCCACUGUUUGAAAAGCUUGCAGAUCUGGAGGCAGCACCAGCUGCUUUGGGUCGGCUCUUCUCAGUGGAUUGGUACAGAAAUCGAAUUGAUGGAAAGCAAGAGGUCAUGAUUGGGUACUCUGAUUCUGGUAAAGAUGCAGGACGUCUCUCUGCAGCCUGGCAGUUAUAUAAGGCACAAGAGGAGCUUAUAAAGGUUGCAAAGCAAUAUGGUGUAAAACUAACCAUGUUCCAUGGUCGUGGUGGAACUGUUGGAAGAGGAGGUGGGCCCACCCAUCUUGCUAUUUUGUCUCAACCACCAGAUACCAUACACGGUUCACUUCGUGUUACUGUCCAAGGUGAAGUUAUCGAACAGUCAUUUGGAGAGGAGCACUUAUGUUUUAGAACACUUCAGCGUUUCACAGCUGCUACACUAGAGCAUGGCAUGCGUCCCCCAGUUUCACCAAAGCCAGAAUGGCGUGCACUUUUGGAUGAGAUGACAGUUGUGGCUACUGAGGAAUACCGUUCCAUAGUUUUUAAAGAACCUAGAUUUGUCGAGUAUUUCCGCCUGGCUACACCAGAGUUGGAAUAUGGUCGGAUGAAUAUUGGUAGCCGUCCAUCAAAGCGGAAGCCUAGUGGGGGCAUUGAAUCACUUCGUGCAAUCCCAUGGAUCUUCGCCUGGACACAGACAAGGUUUCAUCUUCCAGUCUGGCUAGGAUUUGGAGCAGCAUUCAAAUAUUGUAUCCAGAAGGACAUUAAGAAUCUCCACAUGCUGCAGGAGAUGUACAAUCAGUGGCCUUUCUUUAGGGUCACUAUCGAUUUGGUUGAAAUGGUGUUUGCCAAGGGAGACCCUGGUAUAGCUGCCUUGUUUGACAAACUCCUUGUUUCUGAAGACCUGUGGUCAUUUGGACAGCGUUUGAGGUCCAACUAUGAAGAAACUAAGAGCCUUCUUCUACGGAUUGCUGGACACAAGGAUCUUCUUGAAGGUGAUCCACACUUGAAGCAAAGGCUCCGUCUUCGUGAUUCAUACAUCACAACCCUUCAGGUUUGCCAAGCGUACACAUUGAAGAGGAUCCGUGACCCAAGCUACAAUGUGAAGUUGCGGCCACACAUCUCCAAGGAGAUAAUGGAAUCAAACAAGUCAUCGGCUAAUGAACUUGUGAAGCUGAAUCCGACUAGUGAGUAUGCUCCUGGCCUGGAGGACACCCUUAUCUUGACAAUGAAGGGUAUAGCUGCUGGCUUGCAGAACACCGGUUAAAAUUGUGGUUGUGGCCUCUCUUUUGUCUUUGUUGCUUCGAUGUGUAGAUUGGUUUUGCCCAAGAAACCAGAAGUGGAAUAUAGUAAAAGUGGAUGCUUUUUAAUCAUCCGCCUUGAAUGUUAAGCUUCUGGCCAACCUUACCUGAGUUGUAUGAUCGGUUUUAUGUGCUUGAACACUACUAAAAGCCUGCACUACUGUUGUCGGCAAACUCAAUGGAACUUUUUAUUAUGUUAUUGUA